AACCGCAUUUCCCAGAUGGAAACACGUGUAUGGUCUGGCAUAUUAUGGGAUUUGACUUCCCAAAUAUCAAAACAGAGAGGCCGUUUUCUUCCAUUUCGCAGUUUCAGCGUUCAGACAUAGCAAAGCAUUGAUCCACUCUGGAACCUUUCUCGUCGCUCCUGCUUCCGGCCGGGUUUGUUAUCAGGAAGGAACUCCCCAACCGGAAGUCGCCGCUGGGCUCGUCUCCGCGCCGGAUUCGAGUCGGAUUUCCCCCCGAAAACCCCUUCCGGGCUCCUUCCGAGACGAUGGAGGAACCGGAGAUGCAGCUCAAAGUGAAGAAAGUGACGGAUAAAUUCACCGAAAGCAUGUACGUCCUGGCCAACGAACCCUCCGUCGCCUUGUAUCGGCUCCAGGAACACGUCCGGCGGUCACUCCCAGAACUGGCCCAGCACAAGGCCGACAUGCAGAGCUGGGAGGAGCAAAGCCAAGGGGCCAUUUACACUGUGGAGUAUGCCUGCAGUGCCAUCAAGAACAUGAAGGACAGCGGCGUCUAUUUCAAGAGCAUCGAGGGCUUGCUCCGACACGCCUCCGCCGUCAAGGACCGCUUGAACUCGGCCCGCAGGUAAAGCGCUUCGGAACCGGGUUCGAAUCCCCGCCCGGACUGCAUUGCUCGCCUUCCAAGAAACGCCCGCAAUCGACGUAUGCAGUUCUUCACCUUGUUAUAUAUCAUAAUAUUAAACCUUGGAAUGCAUUUUCUGCAAAUAUGUAUUAUUAUUAUUAUUGUUAUUAUGACACAGCAAACAAGAUAGACAUGCUGGAUUUCGUAUCACAAAAUCACAAGUAGAACACUUCCCAAGUGUCUAGGACUGUGUGAUGUAUUUUCAGAUGAUGCUGCAGAUCCCAGUGUUGGUCAGAGACUGGAUUUCAGUUUCCGCUUUUCCAUACAGCUUCAGGUCAUCCAUGUACAUCAAAUGCGAAAUUUUGUGAGAUUUCUUAGAUGUUUGAUAGCCGAGAUUUGUUUUUUGUAAGAUUGUUGACAGGGGGAUCGUGGCAAUAAUGAAAAGCAGAGGGGACAACGAGUCUCCCUGGAAAAUUCCUCUCCUGAUGUUGACAAGUCCAUAGCUUUCAUUUCCAACAAACAGUUCAGUUUUCCAGUGCUCCAUCAUGUUUUCAAUAAAGGUGCCAACGUUUUUACAAAUCCCGAUGGCGUCCAGGCACUUGAUGAUCCAGCUGUGUGGGAGUGAGUCAAAGGCCUUUUGGUAGUCAAUCCACGUCAUGUGAAGAUUAGCUUUUAUUAUUAUUAUUAUUGACACCAACAUAGAUGGUAAAGCUCUGGAAGAUCUUGGAGUUAAAAUCAAGCCCACGUCAAUAAAUCGCUGGAGGCAAGUUGUUUAUUCCAUCUUUCCACAAUCCUAAAAAGACAGUUCUAAAAUUUUCCCGGUCAAACGUCCUAUACAUAUCGGCCCCAAGUUCCAUCCUAUUUGGUAUCACUGUGACAGUCUGUUGUUGUUAUUGUUGUUGUUGUUGUUGUUGUUGUUAUUAUUAUUAUUAUUAUUAUUAUUAUUAUUAUUAUUACUGUUGACACUAACAUAGCUGGCAAAGUUCAGACUCUGGAAGAUCUUGGAGUUAAAAUCAAGCUCACGACAAUAAAUCGCUGGAGGCAA